UACACAGUACCACAAUGAACCUGUUAGUUGUUCUUUGCAUCAUAUUCGCCAUCACUCAGGCUCAAAUUAUUCCAAAAGAGCUUGAUACCAACCAUGCGAAAUCAUUUCGCCCCAACAUUCUAGCGAAUCUUCUAGAAGGACUCAAAAAUAUCUGGAAGAAUUCGUCUUCAGGCUCAAGGAAUCAACCGUACUUCAUCCCCGGCCGAACCGGUAUCGUACAUCUGUUUGAAUGGAAAUUUGAAGACAUUGCGUUGGAAUGCGAACGAGUUCUGGGACCGGCCGGAUAUGGUGGCGUUCAGGUGUCCCCGGUCAACGAGUAUUUGGUUGCGGAAAACCGACCCUGGUGGGAACGAUACCAGCCGAUUUCGUUCAAGAUCAACUCACGUUCCGGAGAUGAACAACAGUUUUCGGACAUGAUCAAGCGAUGUCUGCGGGUCGGGGUGAGAGUGUAUGUGGACGUAGUGGUCAACCACAUGGCGGCUCCCGGAGCAACGUCUCCUCUUCGGGGAACGGCCGGGUCGGCUUGUGACCCGGCGGCAAGAGAGUACCCGGCGGUUCCGUUCAAUAGGAGUCACUUUCACGCGGAUUGCAUGAUCACGAACUAUAAUAACGCCACCAAUGUGAGGGACUGUGCACUGGUUUCGCUUCCUGAUCUGGAUCAGUCAAUUCCGCACGUUAGAAAGGUGAUCGUAGAAUUUUUGAAUCACCUGAUUGGCCUCGGAGUGGCCGGAUUCCGUAUGGACGCUUGCAAGCACAUGUGGCCACAAGAUCUGGAAGCAAUUUAUAACGAAUUGGAUUCACUCAAUCCGUUGUUCUUGUUUCCGCCGUUUGCCAAACCGUUCAUCUACCAAGAAGUAAUCGAUCUUGGAGGUGAAGGAGUCUCUGUCAAUGAAUACACUGGCUUGGGAGUCGUCACCGAGUUCAAAUGGUGUCUCCUUAUUGGAGAAAUAUUUGGUGGACAGAAAGAAGCAAGCGCUUUGCAGACAUUGACAAAGGGUGGAUCUUCAGGAACUUUGAUGCCGUCUGCUCAGGCACUGGUGUUUGUAGACAACCACGACAAUCAACGCGGUCAUGGAGCAGGAGGGGAUACCAUUCUUACAUACAAGAGGAAAUCUCAGUACGUCCAAGGGGUGGCUUUCACCCUGGCUACGGAUUACGGAAUUCCAAGGAUUAUGAGCUCGUACAAUUUUACCAACUCUGAUCAGGGACCCCCAGCAGACUCGCUGCAGGCUAUUGAUUCACCAGGUUUCGAGUCAGACGGUUCUUGCUCAAACGGGUGGAUUUGCGAGCAUCGUUGGCCAGAGAUCAAAAGAAUGAUUCAGUUUAGAAAAUAUGUUCAAGAAUCUACGCUGGAUCACGUUCAAGCUAGUGAUGUAACGUUUGCAUUCUGCCGUGGAACUAAAGGAUUUAUAGCGUUCAACAACUCUCCAAACCCGGUGACCCGAACCUUUCACACGUGUUUGCAUCGAGGACAGUACUGUGACAUCAUUUCUGGAGAAGUUUCAACUCAAAGAAUCUGCACUGGACUUGUCAUCAAUGUUGAUGCUAAAGGAGACGCUACCAUAACUCUACCUCCAAACUCUGUGGUAGCGAUCUACAGACGAUCUAAACUCUAGAUUCAAACAUGUUCAUGAUGCAAAUUACAUUUAUUAAAAUAUAUUUGGUGGUGGCAAUAACCGGGUCAGUUACUUA